AUAAUCCAAAUUGCCGUUGUGGGUUGCGAGCUGAAAUUCGCACUUCGUGGAAAACUCCAAAUUGUGGAAGAUGAUAUUUCUCGUGCCUCCAUUGGCCUGAGAUUGAAUGAAAUGGAAGAAUCAAGUAAGAGUGCUGACAUUGAAAAAUUCGAGGUUCUGAAGUUUGAAGAAGAAAACAAGAAAUUGAAGAAACUCAAUUUUCAGUUUGAAGAAAAAAACAAGAAGUUGAAGAAACUCAAUUUUGAGUUUGAAGAAGAAAACAAGAAACUGAAGACAGAUGAUGAAAAGAUGGUGAAUAAUUGA